UCCGUAAGUUGUUGUAGGUACCCUUGAAACGAUUAUAUCACGCUAAUCGGCUAAUGGUUAAUCAGGCCUUAAGGGGAGCAGUAAUUGACGGUAGAGACAACGGUUGCGACUCUAUUGGCCCUCGGUAGAUCAGUUGGCUCUAGUCCCCUUUCGUUUUGCUAAUCAAUUCAUGUUGUUAUCAAUGCCGUGAUUUUCCUUCGAAAAUCGAAAUAACCAAUUGCUUGUUGUCAAUACUCAAUAGGUCGUCUCGAAGAAGGAUGAAUAAAUAAUAAUAAUGGUGUUCAGCGUUUGUUCCGUUGUUCUGCCGUGAAAAAAAAAACUGUAUCGCAAUCAAAAUACGAUGACGGCAAUGGGUGUGUACUUUAGAGAUCGAUUCGAUGCUGAAUUUAUCAUCUGGUUUUUAACUGAAUGGUAAACGAUCUAAAGAACUCAAGAAACAAUCCAAUCAAAUCAUAUCUGCUGAUUAAAAAGAAAGAUAUCCAAUGUGUCAAUAAAUAUGGCUUCAGUGUGGAAACGGCUUCAAAGAGUGAAUAAAAGAGCAACAAAAUUUCAAUUUACAUUAUCAUAUCAUCAAAUAAUAUGUGAAACUACUUCUAAAUGGACUCCAAAUAAAUUGGUUGUUGUGUUAAGUCGCAGAAGCCGUCGUUUUGUCAGUGAAGCAUUACCGUGGGAACCUACAAUGAGAGACCCACUAAGAGGAGUAGUAAUUUGGCCAGUUCCAGAAAAUAAACAACUGUCCAUAACAUUAUUCAAAGACCCUCGGAGUAAUGAGCAUGAAGACAAAGAAUGGACAUUUGCUAUUGAAGAUGUGAGUAAUUUAGGAAAACAUCGACAAAUAGCAGUUGCUGUGUUAAAUAUGAAAAAACACGCCAGUGUAGAUUCUACACAAAGCCAAAUUACAUUGGUAUUUAAACCUACUUCAAAAAAAAUAACUUCUGCAUCUCUUGAAAUGACUAUUACAAGUGUAUUUUUGAGAGAAGGAAAAGCUACUGAUGAGGAUAUGAUGAGUAUGGCUAGUCUUCUUAGCACAAAUAAUAGUGAUAUUGCUCCCCUCGAAGAUUUUGAUGAAGAAGAUAUUGAAGACUCUUCGUUCAAACAAGAUAUGAACAAUGUAUCGUUUAUGACUAACAAAAUUGAACUUUUAACAAAUAGUUUAAGUGACCCUGAAAUUAUUGGUAGUUCUGUUGGAAAUGAUUCUUUUCAACAAGAAGAAGAUAUGUCAGAGAAUACAAAACAUUUCAAUUUAUCAAUCAAUGAUAAUUCAAAUUCUGAAAAUAGUUCUACUUAUAAUAAUCUUUCUUACAUAAAUAAUUCUGGUUCUGGAGAAGGUAUGAAGAACACUCGAGCAUCAUUAAAACCAUUAAACUUGAAAGAUAUUCAUACGGAUAGUGGUUCUAAAGGCACUGAAACUACUACACCUGGUCAAGAUCUACUUGAAUGGUGUAAAGACAUUACCAAAGGAUACCCUGGUGUAAAAGUUACCAAUCUUACAACAUCUUGGAGAAAUGGCCUUGCCUUUUGUGCUAUUAUUCAUUACUUCCGUCCAGAUAUUAUUGAAUUUGAUGCACUAAAACCUCACGAUAUUAGAGGAAACUGUAAAGCUGCUUUUGAUGCCGGAGAACUAUUGGGUAUAUCCCGUGUAAUUGAACCUUCUGAUAUGGGCGUUCUUACAAUUCCUGAUAAAUUAGCUGUUAUGACAUAUCUAUAUCAAUUAAGAGCCCAUUUUACUGGUCAUGAAUUAGAAGUUCAGCAAAUUGGUAAAACAGCAGAUGAAUCAUCAUAUAUGAUUGGCCGAUUUAAUAAUCCUGAUAGGGAUAUAUCUUUUCAAUUAUUUGAAAAAGAGAUUUUUAGAACUAAUGAUUCUAAUGAUAAAGACCAAAAUUCAUUUGGUAACAUUAAAAAUAAAAAAGAUAAUACUGAUGAUCUGAAUAAUGGUUAUUCCUCAAUAGCAUCUACAAAAGAUAAUAUUACAGAUAAAAUUUUAAAUGGUUCAAAAAUUAUUUUUGACAAAGUAUUAUCUCCAUCUAAAGAAAAAUUAUCUUUUCCAAAGGUGAAAUCAUCAAAAUCAUCGCAGAUAACUAAGAGGCAACUUACCGAUCCUUUAAUUUCUAAUGAUGAUACCUUAUCUCUAGUUUCUAGUGAAAGAAGUAAAAAGUUAACAAGAUCUCUAUCAACUAGUGAGAGCUUAAAAAGUUCAAGCUCAGGAGACAGGACUAGUGAACCAAAGUCAUUACAGGAAAACUAUAAAAACCACGUUUCUUCUAAACAGAAUGUAACAACUAAUCGUCAUGUUGAGCUUAGAGAAAGAGCUCGUCAGCUUGUAGAACAAGCCCGCCGAGAAGCUGCUAGACGAUCUGUGCCUCAAUUACCUAGUCAGAAUGAAGAAGAAAGACAGCAGCAGCUAAGAGAUCGUGCUAAAAAAUUAAUAGCAGAGGCACGUAAAAAUAUUAAUGUUUCAACCACAUCAUCUCCAAUUACAAGUCUAAAUAAUGGAAGUGCCCGAAGUUCAGUAUCUCCAGUUUCAGACAGAUCUCAAACUAGUUUGUUCAACCUUGACAAGUCAUUUGAGUCCAGUAAAAAUAGCAGUAAUUUAGCUUUAGAUUCAAGUAGCCCUCAGAAACUGCAAUCUUUCACAUCUUUAUUGGAUGCCAGUUCAUUAUCAAAAGAUACUUUUAAGAAUGAAAUCAAUUACAUUCAAAAUGAAAUGGAAUCUUUAGAACGUGAACAGAAACAAAUUGAUUGUCAAGCUGAUGAACUAGAAGUAGAACUAAGAAGAGUUAUGAAUACAGGAAAUGAUCGAGAACGGGAAGAAUUUCUUAUGACAGAAUGGUUUACACUUGUUAAUAAGAAAAAUGCAUUAUUGCGUCGUCAAAUGCAGUUAAACAUUUUAGAAAAAGAAGACGAUUUAGAGAGAAGAUACCAAUUACUCAUUGGAGAACUUAGAAGUAUAAUUGCAAUUGAAGAUUGGCAAAAGACAGAAGAGCAAAGACGUCGGGAGAAUUUAUUAUUGGCAGAAUUAGUAACUAUUGUUAAUAAACGAGAUGAGUUAGUCCAUCAUUUAGAUUCUCAAGAGAGGGCAAUUGAAGAAGAUGAUAAAAUUGUGAGGGAUCUCAAUAGAUCUGGUCUAAUUCAUCAAAAUAAGAAUUGUGUUGUACAGUAAUACAUAUUAUAUACGAAAAAUUAUUUAAAUAUUUUAAGCAAUACCAUCUUGUAUCUUGUAAAAAUUAUUUUAUUUUACAAUUUUAUUCUUUAAAAUCUUUAGUUUUUUUUAUCUUUGAUUUUACUUAUGUUUAAGUAUUUAUUGUUUUCAUUAAGUAUAUUGUAUACUAUUAUCUUUGAAAUAACUUACAUACAUUUAUACUGUAAAUUGAUUUAUUUUAACUGCACCAAUUUUUGUUUCAUGUUUUAGAAUAGUUUUUAUGAUAUUUUUGUAUCGUUAAUGUCCGUAUGCAUAGUCAAUGUAUGUGUCACAUAACUAUUUUAACAUGUCUUAUGUGACACAUAAACUGACAAUGCAUGCGGCCAUUAGAAUGGUUUUUGUUUAGCAAACAUUUGUUUUAGGUAUAUUUUUGUGAAAGAACAUUAGUAGAAUAUUUUUUAAUAUUUUUUAACAUUGAAUAUAUUCCUAAUUAUGUUCUUACAUAGUUACAUAUUAUGUUGACAUCUUAAUCAUAAAUGUGAAUUAUACUACUACUUGCAUCAAAUGAUAUAUUAAUAAUAUUUUUUGUUAUUGUUUAAAAAUAAUUAAUUUAGCUUAAGUUUAUUAAAAUUAUCUAGUCAGUAGUUCUAUUUGAUUUUAUUUAAAUUAUAGCCAUUUAAUGUCGGUUAGUUUUAAUAUUUAUUCAGUCAAAUUUGAUGAAUGAGGUUUGCUCAAUGAUGUAUUUUUGUUUUAUACUUAAUUACUAACAAUUCAUGAUUUACUUUAAUACAACUUUUUUUUUUACAAUUACUUAUACUUAUUAUAUUAUGUUGGUUAUAAUUAUUGUGUAUUGUAGAA